AGUCAAAUCUUUCAAAAAAAAAAAAUAUCCGUUGCACCUGCAUUUAUUGCUCCAACAGCCAUAUUUUUUGAAAUUCUGGACGUUGGAGGUCUCCUUUUCUAUAAAUUGGAGCCUCUUCUCCUCAAUUUUACACACACAAACACAAAUUCUCUUCCUACUUCUUGCAUAUUUCAUUCUCUUUACAAUUUUUUUUUAAAUUCCUUCAUCAUGGGCAAGGAUAAGAAUAGGGCAGGAGCUUCCGGCAAAUCCAAAGCCAAAUCCCGGGCACCGACAACCAACUCCGAGGAGCGCCUCUACUAUGGCGACGGAUCGUACCUCUGGUUCGAUUCCGAGGAGGAGCGCACCCGCUUUCUCACUUUCUUCUCUAAACGGGUUGUGGCUCCCCCACGGAUCAUCCCGGAGCGCUACCCGGAGCUGCAGGGCUACGACGACCUUGACGCGCAGCUUCAUCAAGCCGGCCUUUGGCCGUUCGUCUCCCGGGCUCGAAAGGAGAUCAACCCGGCGCUGAUCCGGGCCUUCUACUCGAACCUCCGGCGUGAGGACGACGUGCUCUACUCCCUUGUCAAGAGCACGCCGAUUGAGCUCUCCGUUGAGCAGCUUGGGCGCAUCGCCGGCCUCCCCUUCCAAGGCGAAGACGUCUCUCACAAUGGCGGAGAGGACUGGGUGCCCAACAACGAGGGUAAUAUCCUCAACGAGCUUGGCAUCACCGAGCUCAUCCGCCAUGCCUCGGGCCGCCCCACCACCCACUCCACUAACCCCGAAGGCCAUCUCGUUCUCUACAUCGUGUCCCGGAUCAUCAAACCCCAGAAGCACGACCACACCAUCAUGUCCGGUGAGGACCUCAAGCUCAUCCAUGCGAUCAUGCACUCGGCCCCAAUCAAUUGGGCAAAGUUUGUCAUGAUCAACAUGACGAUUUCCGCGUCCACCGACCACGACCACCUCCUCCCGUACCCAUUCGUGGUGAUGGACAUCCUUGAACGGUUCAAGGUAACCACCACCGUUGGCCCGCUCACGAAGGCCACGAAGCUUUGGACGAUCAGCGCCCAAACCUUCACAAAGCGGUCAAACAACGCCGUGCCUGCCACUGCUGCGCCACGCCACACUGCCACCACCGCUGGCCCAGCCGAACCCCAGGCCCGGGCCAACCUCGCCUCCAUCGCCGACUCCCUAAACCGCCUUCACUUCAAAGUUGACGGGAUGGAUGGCUACCUUGAGAGGCUUGACGAGGCUGUUCAACGCCAAGGGCACGCUAUGAACGCGUACUUCCAACGCGUCAACUACGUCCCCCCACCGUACCAAGGCACAUUCCUUGGGCAAGUGUACGAUGACGAGGACGAAGAAGAUGGCUCCUACGCCCCGUCAAGCUCUCCGGACGAGGAUGAAUUCGAUGACGCCGUUGACGGUGAUGAGAUGGACGUUGACGACGACGAGGAGGAAACCGAAGACGAAGACUAGGACUCCCCUAGAUUUUCUAUCUCUUUUCUUUCAAUUAUCAUGUUUUUUACUGCUUCCGUUGUACUCCGCCUUUUCCUUUUAAUAAAUAAAAUUAUUUUUUAUCUUUUUGUUAAUGUCAAAAGGGGGAAGAAAAGGGUUAUGCAUAU